AUAGAAACGUCAAAGAUGUCAACUUGUCAAAUAUCAAAACCUAAAUAGACGUAAAUCGAAUAGAACUCAGCCCGAGAUGAUAAAUAGAUUUAAAAUAAACAGAAAGUGUGAACAUUAAGUUCGUGAUUAAUCUCCCGGGAGGAAUAUCUUGCAAAGUCGGUGCAAUUAAAACGAUGAGUCAUCUACAAUAUCAUAAAAUGAUAUCAAAAACCUAGUAUUAAAAAAUAAAACAACACAAGUUUGGUUAAAAUCUAAAAUAUGUGCCUUACUUUGAGUAUUAACAAGUUAGAGUUACGUUAAUUAUUUUUGCAAUGGAUGAAAGAAGAGUGGCUGAUUAUUUUGUCGUGGCUGGAUUACCAGAUGAUCCCGAGCCUUUGGAUGAAACAACAUUAUCAGAAGGGGGAAACUUGAAAGCGAGUCAUGGACAACCCCCCAUUACAGAUAUUAGUGUGAUCUUCCCAAGUCUGGGAGAGAAAUUACCUCCAGGCUAUAUUAUUGUGGAACGAACACCAACAGGUUUAGUUGCUGAUCUCAAUCAUGGUAGCUUAAGAACAAAUGAGUGCUACCUGUGUUACAAGAGGGGAAGGGAUAAACCUCCCUUGGUUGAUAUAGGUGUUAUGUACGAUGGUAAAGAGUGGCUGAUGCCUGAUGCAGAAGUUGUUAAAGAAACUGUAGGCAAACAUGUUGCCAAUGUUAAUAAUUCUACAUCUCAGACGUUUAUUACAUAUAGAAGGGGGCACCCCACCAUGCCUUGUAAUGCUCUUGUCGUUACAGAUGUAUGUGUUGUGAUUGCAAGUAAAGGUGAAUCUCCACCACAUGCGUUUUGUUGCAUAAACAAGAACUUAAAUAAGGGAAUUGUUGGUAGUGAUGUUUUUCUGUGUUAUAAGAAAUCUAUGAAUAGAGCAAAACUGUUAACUUACAAACCUGCUGUCUUGUCCAGGUACCCCAUGACGGACCUUCCAAAUUUUCCGUUCCCAAACUCGGUGCCUUUGUUCUGUCUGCCGAUGGGUGCGACUUUGGAACUAUGGCCAAAAGAAGCAACUCAACCGAAACCAGUAUUCAGUACAUUCGUCCUGACCGUUUCAGACGCAAAGUACAAAGUUUACGGAUCGGCUGUAACAUUUUAUGAGAAAUUCUCCCAUCAUCAACUCAGUGAUGAACAAAGAGAGUUGUUAGGUUAUUCAGACAAUUCUGACUACAUUUUAAACAUGAACAAAAGCAUUUGUUUGUUAUCACACUGGCCGUUCAGCGACGCUUUCGAGACAUGGCUGCUAUUUCUACACAACAUUGUAGCAAGCGGAGAACCGCAAGCCAUACCGGUCGAAAGAUACAUAGUUCAGCUCCUGGACGAAGUUCCCUUUCCUUCUCCGCGAACAUUACUCGAACUUUCAGAUCACAACGAUAAUCAAACGAUCAGUAAUAAAGUUAUUAUGACACAGCCGGAAGAUUUACCUUUGCCAAGGAGUGCGGCUGGUUUCAGACAUUUGCUACUCAAUUUAGGAUCGGAAAAUUGCCUACAAGUGCUACUUUUAGCUCUUACUGAACAGAAAAUUCUGAUACAUUCAUUACGGCCUGAUACUCUGACAGCUGUGGCAGAGGCAGUAUCAUCACUACUUUUUCCUUUCAAGUGGCAGUGUCCGUAUAUCCCUCUGUGCCCAUUGGGUUUGGUGGAAGUUCUUCACGCACCUCUACCUUUUCUGAUCGGCGUGGACUCAAGGUUUUUCGAUUUAUAUGAUCCUCCACCAGAUGUUAGUUGCAUCGAUUUGGACACCAAUAUUAUUACAGUUGCAGAAUCGCAAAGACAGAAUUUAAAUAUUAAACUCUUGCCUAAAAAGCCAGCCAAAAGUUUGAAAGCAAGUUUAGAUUACUUGUAUUAUCAAAUUAGGAACAAUAGCUCCAAUAAUGCUGAAAAUUUGCCAGGACAGGAUAAUAUAGAAAUCGAAUUCAGAAAAAAAGAAAAAGAGCAAGCUCAAGAACUUGAAAUCCAAGAAGCUUUUUUACGAUUCAUGGCCCUUACACUGAAGGGUUACAGAUCGUACCUUCUCCCAAUUACUAAAGCCCCAACUGUGGGUACAACCGAUCCUCAAGCUCUCUUCCAACUCACUGAUUUUCUCAAAAGUCGUGAUAAAACUCAUCAUAGAUUCUUCACUCUAAUGAUGAGAACUCAAAUGUUCAUACGUUUCAUCGAAGAACGCAGUUUUGUUGCUGAUGGCGAUCAAGGUCUCGCAUUUUUCGACGAAUGUUCAGAGAAACUGACAUACGAAGAACCCGACAUCAGACUUGUAGAACCAGAUGCACUUCAUAAAAGUGACAGGACUAUAUUCGUGCUACCGCCGGAACCAACAACCGCUGAAAAUCACCACAUUUAUACGAAUUUUAUAUUAGAUCCUGGAUUAUUAGCUGGGAAGGCGCGAAACCAUUUACCUUCUUUAUAUCAGACUGUUAUACCGGGAUCGCCCAUGGCAAGAAGAACGAAGCACGAGAUAAAAUCAGCACAAAAGUUGGCACGAAAAUGUAUUACUUCACCGGAGUUAUGGGCUAGAUGUUUGUGCGGUACCUGCCAUACUUUGUACUUUAUGGUUUUACCCAGUAUGUUAUCGUUGAAUGCAGGGAAAGAAAAAGCCAUUCUGCAACAAGCUUACGAAUUACUCGUCCGAGCUACCCAACAGAAGUUAGCAUGUGACGAAGUAUGUUAUAGAUUGCUGAUGCAGUUGUGCGGUGAACAUUCAAGACCAUUGUUGGCUGUUAAACUGCUUGUGACAAUGAAAAAAUUUGGGAUUCAACCAAAUGCUCUUACGUAUGGUUUGUAUAAUAGAUGCGUAUUAGAAGCAGAAUGGCCCGCAUCCUCUGCUCCUAGUUUGUUACUUUGGAACAAAUUACGAAACGUAGUAAUGGGAGCUGCUCAUUUUCGAUGGGCUGCCAGACACAGAGCAAACCGAAAACUAUCAGCUUCAACUGAAGGCGGGUCUAGUUUAUUAGAUCCAACAGACCGCACAGCGUCUCGUUCCUCUUUAGAUUCCCACGAAGCCGUCCAGACUGAUAAUAGUCUACUCAACAAGUUUCGUAAAAUGACGAACAUCAUAGUAAAAAGUAGUCUUAACGGUUCCGAACAAUCCGUUAAAGAUGUAGUCGAACAAUCAGAAGAUGAAAUCGUUGAAAGUAAUACUGAUGAUGUAGUAGAGAAAAAAUUAAAUAGCCAUUUCACACCACCUGGGAGUCCGUCAGAGUGUCGAAUCUUGUCACGUUCCGAAAGUGCUGGUGAUGCGAAUAUUAUUGACAAGUUGCAACAGAAUAAGAAGAACUGUUCACGAACAUUGAAUUUUAAUGGGGAAUCGAAUGAGGAAUCGGGAAAACAAUCACCAGGGAAGAUAUCACCACGCACGGUUGUGACACAAAACGAUCCCUUGGGAGCUUUCGACCAGCCACCACCUCCUAAAACAUGCGUGACGCCCCCUCCAGAGCCAGUUGUAGCAAAUCAAAAUCCACUAUUAACCGACGAACCUGUUUUGUUUAAAUCGACCGUGCACCGAUCGGCUACAUUCGAAGGUAGUCCACCUGCUCAAAGUAAGCUCCAUAGAUCUGAAACCGUCCCUGCAGCCACUGUUGCGUCCAGUUUGGCAAGUCUUAGUUCCAGUUUGAAGAUGGGAUUCAGCCGCUAUUCACCAUCACGCCUGUCUCUACGCAAAGCCGAUCUCAAGGUCCCGCAACAACUAAUAGAAAACGCCAUCAACAACCUAAGCCCCAGCAGUUUGACAGGUAAGAAACCCAACGAACUAAUACAGGGUGGAAUUAGUUCCAUAAAGUCAGCGGCGAACACGAUGGUGAAAAAAUUGGACGAAAUCAAGGAGGCCAUGUCAACGUCUACGCAUAACACCCCUGUCAAAAUGGCGGCGACAGAUCGGCUAGCAGCUGGAGAUGCGGCUGAAGCGGGAGGCGAAGGAGAAUCCACGGAUGGAAGUGAAGGAGGGGAAAGGCAUCGGAGAGUUUCUGCAGAGUUGGGAAGUUACAGGGGAAGCUACACAAAUUUGAAGGAUUCUGACGACGCACUACCUGAGAGUUUAUUCCCUCUACCGAAUGAUGACAAUAAGCAAGACAGUGAACUAGAAAUCACCAUAAGCUCAUGCUCCCAGUGUCACAACUGUUCAUGUCUCCUCUACGACGAAGACAUAAUGGCCAACUGGUUCGCUGAAGAUUCCAAUCUCAACACCAUAUGUCAGUCCUGCAAUAAGCCUACAGUACCACUCCUCACAAUGAUGAUAACUGGAAAAAACAUACCACCAUGUGAUCCGUUUAGUGUACCUUAUCUCAAUCCAUUAGUACUCCGAAAAGAACUAGAAAACAUAUUAACACAAGAAGGCGAUCUUAGUUUAGCUGAGGCUAAAUUUGUUGAUGAACAUCCGAUAAUCUACUGGAACUUAAUGUGGGCUUUUGAAAGGAUCAACGUCCAGACGCAUUUGCCUAAUUUGUAUUUGAAAAGUAGAACUGAAGGAGAGACUGGUAUUGAGAAAAAAGACAGGAAUGAGACUAAUGAAUUUGUUGGAGAAGAUAAUGGAAGUAUUAUGCAACCAGUCGAAGAAGGAACAGAUCCUUUAACGCAGGAGUUGGCAGCUUUAGCUAACGGACGAGAUGAUGGCCAGCAAUUAGCGGCACAGGUCUGUGUCAAGUGUUUAUGGGAUGAGCCAAGGUUGUACAUAGAGCGUCCUCCAAUGUACAUACUGUGGAAAGUGAAAGACGCUUCUCAACUCAGUUCUAGUUACAAAAAUAAUGUCUCAAAGUCAUUUAUGCAAAAGGUAAUUAAUAGCAUUCGGGUGGACGAUUUGGCUGAGCCUUUGAAAAGUUUAGCGGCCGAAAGGGAGUCCCAUCAGAGAUCGCGUGACGGAAAAGAUAAAAAUAUCUCCAUCUACCGAGAUAUUCUGUUUCUGGCGUGUAAAGCAUUGGGAAGAAGUCACAUUGACCUGAAUGCUUUUGAUAAGCAGUAUAGUAUGGCAUAUUAUCGUGCAACUGAAAGGAAUAAUAGACAAUAUGGACCCCAAGAUAAACCUCUCAGUAUGGUUGCGUUGUAUUGCCGUCAAUACUUCCGCCCACUAUCUUUGCCUUGAUCAGUUUAAGUUGUGUUCUUCAUUUUAUUAUUACCUAAUAAGGUGCACUGCUAUAUUUUAAUUGUAUGUACAUUAACUUAUGUUAGGUUUUUUCUGGGACUUUAUAUUUAAGGUCAAUAGUUUUCAAUAAAGUUGUUGAAUAAAGUAA